AUGUGUCCGCAUCCUUACCUCACCAAGAAUGAAAGAACAACCAUGCUGAGAGUAAAGAUUUACACCGAGGGACUCUUCAGAUUCAUUUCUCUACAAGUAAGUGUUAUUGCUUGUGCUUGCUGUAAAAACAUCAAGGCUCCCAUUGACAGUUAUGACCAAGAAUCUGUAUACUACAUGUUGCAGCAAAGCAUUUCAUAUUAUGAUGUCUUAUAUCACAGAUUUCAUGCUUUUGCUUGGUUCAGUGACCUUUUGGUAGAACAUGCAGAGAUCUUCUGGUCCCUGUUUGCAGUGGAUAUGGACCAGGUGUUGGCCGAGCAGCCACCUGACACCUGGGAGUCUUUCCCGCUCUUCCAGAUACUGAAUGAUUACCUGAGAACAGAUGAUAAUCUGAAAAACGGGCGUUUCCACCAACACCUGCGAGAGACGUUUGCACCGAUGGUUGUACGAUACGUGGAUCUUAUGGAAUCCUCGAUAGCUCAGUCCAUUCACAAGGGCUUCGAGAAGGAACGGUGGGAGAAUAGGGGGAACGGAUGUGCGACCUCAGAGGAUCUCUUCUGGAAGCUUGAUGCUUUACAGUCUUUUAUCCGAGAUCUUCACUGGCCUGACCAUGACUUUGCCAAACACUUGGAGCAGAGAUUAAAACUGAUGGCUUGUGACAUGAUUGAAUCUUGUAUAACACGAACGGACCAGGCAUUCCAACAGUGGCUGAAGAAGGGGACUGGCUUCGUGUCCACAGACUAUGUGCUCCCAUCAGAAAUGUGUGCAAUGGUGAAUGUCAUCUUGGAUGCUAAGAACCAGUCCUUUAAGCUGUGUGCAGUUGAUGGUGUUGAUGUGCAUCAAUACCACACCAAAAUUGACGACCUUAUAGAGAGAACAAGCAGCUCCAUGACCCAGGGAAUGGUGGCCAAACUCCUCUCUGUACUGGAGUCGGUCAUAUCUAAGCUCGGUAGAUAUGAUGAGGGAAGCUUCAUUGGCUCCAUCCUGUCAUUUACUUACAAACAGAAUGUGAGUGGGUCUGGAAAGGAAUUGGGAAAAGCAUACAUUAACUUUGCAAGAAACUCCAUGGACCAAAUUCGCCAGAAGGUCAACGAUGAGCUCUGGAUUUUGAAUUUGUUUGAGCAAUGGUAUGCUGCACAAGUCACCAUGAUCUGCUCUUGGCUGAGUGAAAGACUUGACCACAACCUCCAUCCAUACCAGUGCACCUGCCUCGCACACAUUGUCAAGCUCAUAUUCUCAGAUUUCACAGCGUAUGGCCUAGGCCACGAACAGACUGGGAUACAGGCCUACAUGGUGGUGAGCCAGCGUGUGGAGGCCGAGCAUCAGCGCCUGAUUCGAAGCGGCAAACUCAAGGAGAGUUUAAGCACUCUUCCUAUAGACAGAACUCACACUUCCCUUGAUCUACGGGAGUCCUUCGAGCUACUGUGGAGAAGGUGGCUGCUGGUGACCUACUACACAUGGUAUGGUAAAAAAAUCUAUACUGACUUCGAACUGCAAGGCGUAAUGGAGGAAAAGCUGAACACUAAAACAUACCAAACUAUAAGCCAGCGCAUGGCCACAGAGGAGGCAGCCUGUGCUCUCAUGGAGGGCAGCCGACGUGCUGCUGGAGAUGAUGACCUACCUGAAGGGGCUGAGGGAGAGGACUAUCCAGAAACGGGCAUAGAGGAUGACAUGGUGGAGAAGAAGCCCAAGGUAACUGCACAGCUCAGCCAGACACUCGGAGAUGAUCCAGCAAACUAUGUAGCCAAGGUGUCUAACGUUGCUGGAAAUGUUGCCGGGAAAGUCGGCAAUGUUUUUGGUGGUCUCAGCAAAGGCAUUGGGGGGAUCACGGGUAAAUUUGGCGGCGGAGGUUUCUUCUAAGAAUAGAAAGAAGGGAAAAGAAAAUGGAAGGUAAAGGAAAGCACAGAAGAUGAUCUACAGGAGUCUAUUUCAACUUCAACACUUCUCCAAUCUUUCAUUGGUAUUAGAAGGCAUUUGUUAAGGAAUCAUUCUCUUUGGUACUUCCUUUCACACAAUUUCACAACAAGUUUGUCACUAAUGACAGUGUUGUUUAUAUUAUUGUAUGAUGUGGAGGAUGUGAUUAUACUCCUCAUUGGAUUUUCUUUGUUUCUCCAUUUUUUUGUAAUAAGUAUUAGGGGAAGUUAGAAAAAAUGCAACAGCAAAAAAAAAAUGGCAUGAAUCAAAAAAUGAAAUUAAAUAAUACUGUUAAUGAAAAUAAAUACAAUGAUAUAUAAACAGUUUAAAGAGGUAUUAGGAGCUUGAUGCUAAACAACAGCAGCAUAGAAGAAAUCAAUGUGAAGUGAAGUGAAGUGAAAAAGAAACUUGUCUUUUAUAUAAGUCAGGCAAUCCAUUCAUGCAGUUCUCUUUUCUCUGUUCAGUUUCUUAACCUAUAGAUGUCUCUUCACUAUUUGAAAGUAUAUUAUGAUUAAGACAGCUUUAUGGACAAUCUCCACUGGAAGCAAUGGGCAUGAAGAAAAUAGUUUGUUACGUGUGAAAUAUGUUUAAAAAAUCAGGAGAGCAGUUUAAUUACAUUUACUUUCCUAAUUUUGAGAAAGUUUUGUUUUAUCAUUUGUCACUGUAUAUAAUAAAUUACACAGAUAUUUCUAAAGAUUAAUUUGUAAAAUAUACAUUCCUAGUAUGUUUGGUAAUAAUUUUAGUAUUCAUGAAUAUUACAAAGUGGAACUGUUUACAAUUAUGCCUUUUACAAUAGCAGCAAGAAAUGGUCUGGUAUAAUUGCUUAGCAACUGAAAUGAGACAUAGAAAAGAAAAGAUUGUUAUUAGCUUUUCAAGUAUAACAGAUUUAAAUACUCAUUAAUAUUUUAAUAUUCCAAUGCAGUGUAAAAGGUAACUGCAUGAAUACCUUUUGAGAAAUUCAUUGCAUAUAUAAGAUUUAAAAAAGAAUCAUAUACUGCACAGAAUACUUUAAAAAGUCAAGUUGAAGGUAACAUGCAAAUUUUACUUUAAGUUAUUUGCUAAUAUUUAAAGUUGUGACUCAUUAGUUGUUUAAUGUUGCAGAUGCCAGGACUACCUAAGGAUACUUAUCCAUUCACUUGUUUACCACUUUUAUUUACUAUAAUUUAAAUGAACAUAUAGGUGUGAGCUUACAUGGAAAACACAUGUAUUUCAUAGUAUUAUAAGACUUAACCAAAGAAUCAUAUUUGAAGGCAAUGUCAUUAUAUUCAUGUUUGCUUUUUAUUUUUACAAUUUCAAAUUUACUUAUGUUAGUGAUGUAAAUGAUAAUUCUUGCAUCACACUGAUUUAUAGUUCUAAAGAAAGACAUAAUGUUCAUACCUUUUGUAUUCUUUUAAGCCAGAAAAGGUUUCAGUACUGUACAGUCUGUUGAGAAAUAAGAAUAUAUUAAUAGAAAUGUUUUGUAAUAAUGGGAAUGUAAUAGAGACUUCUGGAAAGAAAUAAUCUAGCAUUUCCAAUGAAGCGGCCAUUACAGUUGGUUUCAUAAUUACAAUUUUUUUCUCUCUCUCUUACUCUCUCAAUUCUAGCACUUACUAAGAAUACUAGCUACUUUCUUCCUGUUUUACUCUGGUUAUGAUACUAUUAAAUCUUCUCUUUUCAUUCUUUUAGUUGUGUGUGAUUUUCUCUUUUUUUCUGGUGCCACACUGAGGAAUGUACAGCUACCUGAGGCGGUUUCUGUUGCCCUCAAUAGGUCUGGCAAUUAACACACGUGCUGCAGUUGGUCUCACUGUUGUUAAAUUUGUGUUACCUACGACUCUGCUGUAAACUUUUUUAUACUGACUGUAGCAUUUUAUCACCCUGAGAAUAUAUCAGAAGUGAGUGCAAAGUGAAAAGUGAACCACUGGGUUGUGUGUUCUUUCGGCAGACCUUGUCUUGUUGACCACUUUUGUGUAUUAUAAAAGUUCUUGUUGCUAUGUUAUGGAUAUAAAAUAUAGCAAAUUAUGAUUAAACAAUAGUCUAGGCAAAAUACUUUUAUAUAUUAGCUAUGCAUACAUGUUAAGAAUAUUUAAUAUUAAAUGGCAUGUGGUGGCAAGUUCCGUAGCUGCUACAGGUUGGCAAUAUAUUCCUAAAUUCUCUUUAUCUAUACUUCAAUGUCUCUUUUUUCCUUUUUAGAAGACAUGAGUUCACUUUGGUCUCAUAUGAAACCAAUGACCCAGCUUGCAAUGCCAAUUUCUCCCUCUUCACCAACUUCCUCCAUCUGUAAUCUCAAAUAGGUAUAAUACCCCAAAAUUACCCAUCCACCAUAUAUUGUAUAUCUUGCCUUAUCAUUGAUUAGUUGAUCAAUAAAAUAUUAUCCAUAUAAGCUCUUCUUUCUAUACUGUAUCUCUUAGGGAAGUAAUCUAUGGCUUUCUGUUUCACAUACGGACUGUGUACACAGAUUUUUGAUCUCACUACUUUUCAUGGAAGGGUUUUAAGGGAAGGUCUAGAAUAUGUGAAAUUAUAUUGAUUCAAUAAACCCAUAAA